AUGGUGAUACUGAGUUGCUUUCAAAUAGACUGCAAAAAAGAAGUUAAGUAUAGGUGCCAGUGCACUUCUCCUGAGACUUACAUGUGCGAAAAACACUUAUCGAAGCACCUUAAGCGAUUAGGCCAACAUUCCUUUGAAAGUAUGUUCCUGGAGCCCCUAGAUCAAACAAAAGAAGCUAUUCUGGAAUUUAUUACAAAAAAACAAACUAAAAAUGAGAAAUUAAAGAAAAAAAUUCUAGCUUAUUUUACGAUAAGAAUAAGCAGAUCUGAAAUCGGGGUUAGAGAGAUGAUAAGCCAGCUCGAUUCUGACUCAACAAAACUGUUUUCUCUAUUUCAAAAAAUUAAUAUGGUUAAUAAAGUAUCUAUUCUCGAGCAGGAUCCGAUUUUAAAACUAUUGCCUUUACCCCCUGAUGAAGCAAUUGUUAGAAUUAAGUCAUUAACAUUAAAUAAUGAUUAGGUUCUUCCUCCUUUUACGUUUCACCCAAGGCAUGUCUUCGUAGAAGACUCUUUACACUGUUAGUGAACCUCUGGGUUAUGUCAGCAUUCCACGAGAGAUAUUAUCUAUUGCCUAAAUUUCUGAUCAUGCAUAUGCAUGUCAUUUUGAAUUUGGUAUGUAAAAAUCGAAUAUGCGUUUCAAAACGCAGAUUUUAGUGCGGCAAAUUCUUAAUUUGAAAUUUCAUAUGAAAAUGGUGCGUAUAACGCCCAUAAGAAAUUUUGCCAACGGAUUAUAGCUCUCUUCCGGUUUUCGGCCUGACUCUUAAUGUUGUCUCAGAACUUGGAGUAUGCAGGUUUGGGACUUCGAUGUUCCUAGCUAGUAUCUGGACCAACUAUAUCUUCGUCGUCAGCAGUAGUGGUCUCUAGGGAUAAAAAGCCUUUUUUCCCAGGGUGUCAAUCGGGAAGACACAAAGUCUUCAUUGCCGGAUAAGCGGAUGAGGGAGGCAAAACCCAACAGGAACACAAAUGUCUAUUACCUGUAGACACCGUUUUCUGCUCAGUUUGGCUUUAGGCCGCCACAAGGUCCCCAAACUCUAGGCAGGUCCGGUCUGUGACAUCGCCAUUUUAUUUAUUUAUAUUAGAAUUAAACCAAUUAUAAAAAAUCUAGAUUCAAAAAAUUAUAAUUGCAGCUUAAAUGAUGCUGAAAUUGAUAAUCAGCUGACUAAAAUUAGGGAAUCUAUUUCGAAUCUGAGAAAUGAUAUGAAGAAAGACAAAAAAGAGCUUGAAGAUUGAAAGAAAAAAAUAGAAGAGAAACUUGGAACUCUUAUAGAAAAGCAAAAAUGUGAAGACCCUCUGCAAAUUAAUAAUCUUGAAGAAAAAUUACAAAAAGAACUUAAAAAUAUGGAAAAUUCAAUUAAUUCCCAGCAAAAGAAUGCAUUGCUUCCAAUUUUAGAAUUAAAAAAAAAUGGUAUGGAAAACUCUCAGGUUAAUUUUCAAAUAAAUGAGCUGAAAGAAAAAAAAAGACUAUUUUUAGACGGACAAAAUAAUUCAGAGAUAGGAAGAGACUUCAGAAGAACUUGCUGACUUUAUGAAAAUGAGCUAAAAACGCUUUUAGAGUCAAAUAAAGAUUUGGAGGAGGCUUAUCUAGACUACAAAAAUAGUUAUAAUCAAUCAGUUUCUAUAUACCUUUUAAACUUAGAUGACAACCAAAAUACCAAUUUGAUCAUUUUUGACACAGAAAAUGAAAAAGAAGCUUUUGUUAGGCUAGAUAAUGCAAAACCAUUAAAUACAGGCACAUGCUUAGCCCAAAUUCCUGGAGGCGAAUUGUUUUGCUUUGGCAGUCAAUACCCACCUUCUGGAGUUACUAUGAUGAUUGAUACAAAAUAUAAAACUCGGAUGCUGCCAAGUGGUAGACCAUGCUACUCUUCUUCAUCUAUAUACUGCAAUAGAAGCAUUUACUGCUUCGGCGGAUUAUCCAAGAGUGAUGAGCUAUUAACCCUAGCAGAGAGGUUUGAUUUAGAUGAAAUGAGAUGAAUAAAAUUAUCUCCAUUGCCAGCAGCAGACGGUAAUUGCCAUUGCAUAUUGUUCAAAGAGAAUAUUUUGAUUUCUGGCUAUCGAAAUCUUACUUAAUUACUUAGAUGAUUAAAGUAGCAAUUUCUUCUGCAGGAGGAAUGGUUUACGGGGUAAACCAAUCCGUACGUAGCCAUUUUAAUAUCAUUUGGCUAUCGAAAUCAAAACCUUAUGCGGUAUUCAAUUAAAGAAAAUGCUUUUAAUUCAAUUCCUUUUAAAUUUGCGGAGAGAAAAAAGAAGCUUUUAAUUAAUGACGAUAGGUUGUAUUUGAUUGAGUGUGAUGGGUUAAUAUAUGAAAGUGAGGCUGGAGAUGAGUAUAGAUGAAAAAAAAUCGGGAACUCAAUAAUUAGUGAUAAAUGACCUCCUCAAGUUUAUUUGUCAUACAAUAAAGAAGCAGUUUACAUUGGAUGCAGGUAUCCUCAUGCCUAUUAUAAGUUUAAUUUAGAUGAAAAAGUAAUGAUUCAGCUUUAA